CUUCGCAUGAACGCUUGACUCAGGGAAUCUUCAAAGUCUUGCCACUCUCUUUCCACCCUGUUUUCUCUCUCUCUCUCUCUCUCUCUCUCUCUCUCUCUCUCUCUCUCUCUCUCUCUCUCUCUCUCUCUCUCUGCAUUUGACUUUCCUCUCUUGGCUCCACCGUCAUCCACUCGCAUUUGCAUGAAUGACGUUGUGUAUUUCCUUCAUCAGUAAAACCAACGAGUAGAAGCAGAACCAGAAGUGGAACAGGGCCUCACAAAAAGGCGAGGGUGACACCCACACCCCGAUCGUCCUCACCGUGUUCCUGCCGAACUCUCUGCUCUCCUCCGGCGGGUGGAACUGGCCAAGCAAAGUUCAGCAUUUACAACAGGUGGUGAGUUCCAGUAAUUAGCAGGCUCCGUUGUCCUGGCACGACGAGGGCGCCGUUACCAUGGCAACUGGCAAGCAGGGCUUUGUGAGAGCUGCCGUACCUCAGCACUCGGUCUCGGCACAGAGAGAGGGAGAGAUGCAUGUCCAGGCCUCACUAGCUGCCAUGUACAUCCAAGCAGUGCCUGGCCUGCCCGCGGCCGUGCAGGACGCGGGCGUCAUACCCCUGUCCGUGCCGAUGAUGUGCACCAGUCCGGCGGUGCCGUUACUGACACUGCACUUGUCCGGCAGCUCGGUGUUGCAACAGCAGAGGCCUGAUGCUCCAGCAGCCUUAGCCAGGCCCAAGGCAGCGGGCAAGCACGUGUGCCCGCACUGCAGGCGGGACUGCCUGAAGCCCAGCGUGCUGGAGAAACACCUCCGGUGCCACACCGGCGAAAGGCCGUACCCCUGCACCACCUGUGGAAUCUCCUUCAAGACGCAGAGUAACCUCUACAAGCACAAGCGCACGCAGGCCCAUGCCCGCCUCUCCAGCGAAUCAGGGAAGGGCACUUUCAGCAACCAGGAGAGCACCGAGAGCUCGAGGGAGACCUGCUCCAGUCUGGAGUUACCGAGUGGCGACCCUGCUGAAGUCGACGAAGGCGAUGCUGUCGCCGCCGCUCCGACGAUGGUUGCUCGGGUCGGCUCGGUGGAGGGGAAGGCAGGGUCCGAGACGGAGCAGACUGUGGAGGUCGCGCUCCAUGCUUCACCAGCACACAGACAGCAGGAUUCCCUGAACCCUGCAGGCCGACAGGUGCCGCUAUCAUCCGAAGGCGUAAAUGAGGCAUCUUCUACACAGACGGACAGCCCAAUCAGAGCACCGUUGACUCCAAAUCGCACGCCUCUUCAGAGGCAGGAGGCUCUCCUCCCCAAGCUGUCCCGGGGGAAGACUCAAAGUCAUGGCAGCACAGACUCGGGCUUCAGCGAAGGCAGUGAACCGAGCUUCACCUCCAGCCCUGGGGCUACCUUACACGACCUCAGCAUGGAAUCUUUGGCCGAGUCUAGUAUGGAACUUCAGGAACCUGGAAGCUCCAGGAUACCAUCAGAUGUGAGCCAUGAUGAUGACAGAAGCAAAGUCUCCAUUCAGGAGAAACAAAAGCUGGAGGAGCACAUCUUGAAGCUCAUAUCUGACAACAGCAUGCUAGUGGACGAUAAACACCUGCUGAACGUCCGUCCCAGGAAGACAGUGCUGUCGAAACAAGGCAGCAUUGACCUUCCCAUGCCUUACACUUACAAGGACUCCUUCCAUUUUGAGAUGAGGAGCAGCAAGCACCCGGUUUCCAGUUCACAGAGGCAAGACAGAAGAGGUAAGGCCAUUUACAGUUCCGUGCCCACGCAGUACUCCAUCAGCUUUGAGCAUGCCCCGCUAACCCGAAGCAGUUCUUUGCCAUUCAGCAUGGGCAUCCAGAACAGCGAGAGGACGGCAUCACCUCGCCAAGGAGGCAACAUCCCGCUGAGCAGGAGGUGUAGCGCGGGGAACAUCUGCACUUUCACAUCCGUGGAUCAGAAUCCACCCGGCCAUCGCUUGCUAGUCAGACAGGCGGCGGUGGACUGCCUGAUGGGGGCAGAGGUCUCACCCAUGGAGAGAGGCAGUCACGGCAGCCUCAGCUCUGAUGGAGACUGCCCUGACACCGCAGCGGAGUUGGUCGCCAAAAGGUGCCGCCGGAAGAAAGCGCAGAAGUUCGCUUAUAACAAGUGGUACAUGUACGGCGACGGGACGUUCAAGAAGCUCUAUGACACAGAGACGGGCAGCUCGCAGAAGAGCAGGACGGCGACGCUUAGUGUGGAGCAAACAGAAAGCCAGGGGAUUCAAGCAAGCCAGCAGAGAGAAAGCAGUUCCACCGUGUCUUCCUGCUCUGCUGCGUGCCUGCCCCCUACUGUUAACGUGCCCCCGGCACGGACAAGCAGUCAAGUUAUUUCCUCCUAUGUACUCCUGCAGAGUCACUUGAUUAAUCAAACAACACAGCCAUUGCAGGCUGGACUGUCCAAUCAGAACACAGCUCCACUCUCUGACAACGAGACGGGUUGUGUGAAAGGAAUGGAGGAAAAAAGCAAAAGAGCGGAAACGCAAGUAUCAAGUCUCAUCCCUUCGGAGAGGAAGAAACAAAAGACAGAAGAUGAGCGUUCUGCAUUGAAUGAAAACACAGAUACACAGACGAGGCAGCAAUGCACGUUCACCUCUGGAAGCCGUCGGUCAAACCCCAGCAUGUGUGAUGUGACGAAUCAGUCCUUGCAGUCGGUAUGUGGUAGUCUGCUUGAGAGUUCAAGUGCAACAGGACUGCAGAAGGACAACAGGUUAAACCUUCACAGACAGGGCAGUCUGACCAGUCUGCUUCCUCCAAAUCAGAGGCAGCUCCUUUCUAAGAGGCACAGCUCGCCUCUUUUUGUGGCCCGCGAGAGUGGGACGUCCAGGUGUCCCUCUGCAUCCUCCAUUGACUCUGCCCCUCAAGCCAAGCCCAGCUUCCUGCCCAUGUACCAGCUCAAGAUCCCAUGUUUCACAGAUGGAGCUUCAGAUUCACAUCAUCGCAACCCUGCUUUGCCCAAACCGUCUUUAGCAAGCUACCAACCUGCCCGGCAGGGUCUUCACAAAACAAGCUCUCCGUCUGUUCCACAGUGUCAGUCAGCUACGGAGGUCGUGUCCCUUGGACAGGAGCAUCAAGGUACUCUGACAAAGGCAAGGACUAUGAACUCUCUUGCAUGCAAAGGGCAGGGUGAUCAUGCAUUAGAAAAACCACAGACACUGCAUCAGCCUAGUAGUUACACGUCCAUCAUUUCAGCUACAGCCACACCAGUCUCGUCCACCCCGCACAGCAGACCUGCUAUCACGCCAGCGCAAACUCAGAGCACACCGUAUACCAUCCACGGCAUGUCAGCAGGUCCUGUAUCAUCAGUCCUGAGUCAGCCCUGUCAAACUUUCACACCCCUGGGGCACAAUCAAUCUGUCACUGUUAGCACAACACACAGCACAGUCUCAUCACUGAGUCACUGUUCCACGGCAACGAAAACCAGCCAAAAUUACACUGCGACUAUGGCAUCACUAGCACAAAACAGUCCUGCCACAGCUGUAGUUAUCUCGAAGAAGCCAAUGGACACACAUGCGCCGGUGUGUCAGAGCUCAACGGACAGUGCCCCUCUGGGGAUAAGUCACGCUGAACUGCAAGGAUGCCAGUUUGAGGACAAGAUGUUAUUAGUGAAUGACUCAUUGCAAUCCCUGGCUCAGGACACGUUUUAUGUGCGAACGGCAGACCUCCAGAUCAUCAUGCAACUCAUUUCGGAUGAGCAGUUAGCCCUGAUAGAGCCAAAGAUCGAAACACAGGACUGUAAUCUACAUGGAGGUCAUUCUUUUCCCCACCAAGAUUCAGAAACUUCUCAGCCAGACACAGUCCAAACAAGUGUUUCACAGGAAAUACAUAAGCAUUGCUCAGACCACAUUGUAACACAACCGUGUGUGUCGGAGAGUGACACGAACAGUAGCACAUUCAGCAAAAUUCUGGACAUAAUACCACUGUCAUCUGCAGCAACAGAGCUUCAAAAUAGUGCAGAAAGUGCAAAAGAUGCUCAUGGCAGACAUCCUGAAAAUAUUUACUUAACAAAAACUGGGCCAAAAGGGGUUAUUUCAAGCUCUUGUUCAACGACAGCACAUUAUGUGUCAGCUCCACCAGAUAGCAGGGCAAACCUGUUAGGACAACAGUGUAAAUUGCAAAAGACCGGUGUUGUGGCAAAAGAGUUGGAAGCUGCCGGGUGUGGGGUUACCAUUACAUCAUAUGCUAAACAAAGCCCUGGUGAGACACUGGGAGAAGCAGACAAGCCCACCGCCGAACCAGGGAGUGGACCCCAGUCCCACAGCCCUUCUGCCCACGGCUCCAAAAGCUUCUCAGUGUCCACAAUUAGAGAAGGGAAUCGAGAUGCCACGGGCAGCCCAGGAACUGUCCACGUGCCUGCGGUGUCUCUCAGCAGGCCUGAGGCACCCACGGAGAGAGCACCUAGGUCAUCCGUGGAGAAAGUCCCAUUUUGGCCAGACAUUACUGUUUUAUCUGACACAUGGCAACCAGAAGUUCGUCAGCCUGUGCUGACGACCGCGGGACAGCACAAGCCACACCAUCUGCCAUCAGCCACGUCCACGUCUACGUCUACGUCUACGUCUAUAGAAGGAGAGAGAGCUGAGACCGAGGCAGGAGCGACGUGUGUCUUGGGGGAACCGCGGCUCACACCUGCCUCCUUCUCACCGGCUGCUUCAAACCAAACGGAGCUGCUCACUGCAGCACAGCCGAGCCAGCUGAACCCCUGCCAGGGAGCACAUACCUCUCCCGCUCCCGAGAGAAAAACCGCCUCCGGAAGUGCAUCGGUCCCUGUGGCAUGCCAACAGCAGCCUUUAAGUCAGAGUGGUGCCUGUGGAUGGGACGAGUCCAAACUGGGCUGUGAGGCGCAGGGAAAUGAAACCUGCAGUCCAGGCCAGGCGUCCGGACAACAUUUAUCCCAGCGAGCCUGUUGUGCUCAGAGACCAGCAGUUAUCUGGAGUAACGGAGAACAAGGGAAGACGCUGACAGCCAGGACUGCACAGGCGAUCGCUGUUCGUUUCAGCCCACGUAGGCCAGUGUCCAAGGGUACCCGGGAGGAAAGGGUUAAAUGUGAAAAGAACAUUGGAGCAGUGGGCCAUGGCAAUCAGGAUUCCUGCUCAGGGCCUUGGCUGUGUGGUUCUCUCCAAAGCUGGCGGGCCCACUGGGAAGCUGGGACGGGGCUCCAGGGAUGGGCGCCCCAGGAACCCAAGACCCAAGAAGAGGAGAACAAAAGAGAGGGGACAACAGGCCCUGCCAGAGUCAAGCAGACAGCAGUGAACCCUCGUCCACACCUUACCCAGACUGUGACUAAUGUCUGUCACAACACAUCACAACCUGCACAGCUUGACAUGUCUAGUGUUCCUCACAAUUAUACUCCAGCUCUGUGUGGAGCAACAACCCUUUCCCGUGAUAUUCCUGCUCCUUGUCAAGGGGACUGUGCUUCUCUCAUCAACUCGGAGCAAGUCAGAGUUAGCGGCAGUGCCGGUGAGAAAGCGGCUCAAGAACUAAUCAGCCAGAGCACAGUGAAGGAGGGUGAUGGAGUUCCUUCAGGAUGUCACAAGUGGUUUUCAUCAUUACACCCAGGGCACAAUGACCCAUCAUGUGGACAUUCUUCCUCAGAAAAUGUCAUCCAGGAGGAAGUUCCAAAAGAAACUCAUGUGAAGAACUCUGCAGUUCAGACUCCAUCGAGGAGAUCACAGUUACCAGAACACAAAACGGACAGGACAGCAGAAUUGAGUAUAUCGACCGAACCCUGCGUGACAUUAGCACCUUCUAACACUGCAACCUGCGAGGCAAUAAAUAACACGCCUGCAGAUCCCAACUCCCCAUGUCCAAAUCUAAACAAUAGCUUUGCCACACACUCUAAAUUAACGCGUGUGUCCAUCACACACGGUAAUCCGACAGAACCUUAUGCAUCACAGUGUCAUUUGGGUGGUGGCUACGUGGAUGUAGAAGGAGCCUCCAGCAGUAGUGAUGAUGAGGGAAAACUAGUCAUAGAACUUGAGUAGAGACACACACAGGUGCUGAUGCUCCGUAAACUUCACACUUUGUUUUAUGUGUCUUGGGCUCCAUUUUUGUUUGUCCAUUCAUCAAAUCGAAAUCUCUCUGCAUUUCUGCAAUAUAGUGCUAACACCCACCUGCAAAUGCACCUGUGCAAUGAAUCAUGCAACACUGUACACUUUAAAAUAGUUUGCCCACUACUUGAUUAGGGGAUCUGGGUGAAUGUGGUGUACAGUAACCACACAGGAAUGUAUUUAGCUACCAACCUCCUGUGUGUGAUACAAAAUUACUCAGCUGCAGAAAACAGGAAGUAGCUGCACGAAUCUACAUUCUCAUGGUCAGUGGGAUUCUACAGGCAUCAGUCAUCAGUACAUUAAAGAUCACAUGGAUAUGAAUAUUCAGCAGCAUGGUAGCCUAUAGCAGUCUGGCAGUCAUCUCGGUCUCUUAUUGCCCUUUCCUGUCACUUGCUUUGUUUUAAUAGGUUGCUGUUGAAUAUGAAUUAAUUAAGCAAAUGUCUGUCAUGUACAGCCUUGUCAUAUGUGAACUUUGCAACCUGUUUUCUAAGGUGCAGCUUGUUGACAAUGCGGCAUACAACAGAAUAUGAAUUAAUUCAGCGAAAAUGUCUGAAAAUGAUCAUUCCAAUAUUGUGAUCAGCAAACAUUUAUGCUUCUAAUAAAAUACACAGUACAUAC